UCGAAAACAUUCUCUAUUACAGAGGUGGGGUGGGGUGAUUUUAUAUGCUCUUGAUGAGAGUAGUCUUUACACCAUUUUAUCAAACCAUACCGCAAAGCUAUAUAAUUUCCCUCUCCCAUUUAACCCCUAACCCCACAAAUCUAUCUGUGUGUAAAUUGUUAGAAUUCUUACAUUUGGUAAGCAUCGAGAAAAGAAAACUGGAGAGAGGGAGGAGAGAGAGAGGAGGGAGAGAGAGAGGAGGGAGAGAGCGCGCGGGUUAGACAAGUGCAUUGAGGGCUUGGCUUGGCUUUGGCUUUGGGUUUGGCUUUCUCGCCUAUUUGAUACGUGCCUGAAUUCUCUCCGACCCGUAAUCAGCUUUGUCUUUUUCUCUCUCUACAAUAAAGCUCUGUUGGAGCUCCUUCAGGAAAUCCUGCACAAGGCAAUAGGUUUGUUGCAGUCUAGAAGUUUUAUAAGGAUUUACCUACAAACCAACAAGGCUUAAGAACUCAGGUUUGAGAAAAUCAAUUGCUUUAUUCACUGUAAUGCAUUCAUGAUUGAUGGUUUUCUCAUCGGUGGUUUGGAUUUUUGUGUAAUAUGAAUCCUUUCAUUCUAUGUGGUGCAUAUAUAUAGUCUGGUAUGUGUUCAACAAAUUCUUACUGGGUUUUGAUGAUUAGUGGUUUUGGGGUUAAAGGGCAUUCAUUUGUGGGUCUGGUGUGUUCCUUCAGUGAUUUUAGAAAUUGGGUUUUUAUGAUUUUCGGGUAGUGGUUUCUGGGUCAGGACGUGAUUCAUCACUGCUUUGUAAAUUUUACUACUUGUGGCCAAAGAGAAUUUGUUUAUGGGUUUUGUGAUCCAUUUAUUGUUAUAAAUUUUGGAUCUUUUUGGUUAAGGAGUAUCAGUUUCUGAAUAUGUGUGACUUCCUUGCUGUGUUGAAGAUAUGAGGUUUUGAGGUUAAAGGGUUUCAUAGGUUUGUAUCUGUUCUUUUACUGGUUUUGGGAUUCGGGUCUUGGAGGUAUAGAGUUGGUUUCAAGCCUGGUUACUCUCUUAAGAAUUCAGGUUUAGUUUCUGGCUGUGUUGGACUGUUUGAGACAUGAGUCGGAGGGUACGUAGAAAAGUGGCAAAGAGGGGGAAGGAGGUGGAGGUUUUGCCAAGUUACACCGAAAUAGAUGACGAGGGAUUGAGUUUGGAUCAGAAAGAUGUAGUGGACUGGACAAAAUUGCCUGAUGAUACUGUGAUUCAACUGUUUUCGUGCCUGAAUUAUCGUGACCGGGCUAGCUUGUCAUCAACCUGUCAGACAUGGAGGACUCUGGGUAGUUCUCAGUGUUUGUGGCACUCAUUGGAUCUUCGUGCCCACAAAUGUGAUGCUUCCAUAGCAGCUUCGCUUGCCUCCCGAUGUCGGGACCUUCAGAAGUUGCGAUUUCGUGGAGCAGAAUCUGCCGAUGCAAUAAUAAAUCUUCAAGCUAGGGGGUUGCGCGAAAUUAGCGGUGAUUUUUGCAGGAAAAUUUCUGAUGCUACACUUUCUGUGAUUGUGGCUCGACAUGAGGCGCUUGAGAGCCUCCAACUUGGGCCAGAUUUCUGUGAAAGGAUUAGCAGUGAUGCAAUCAAAGCAAUUGGCAUUUGCUGUCCUAAACUUCGGAAACUUCGGCUUUCGGGAAUUCGGGAUCUUGAUGGAAAUGCCAUUAACUCUUUGGCUAAGCAUUGUCAAAGUUUGACUGAAAUUGGAUUCAUAGACUGUCUUAACGUCGAUGAGAUGGCAUUAGGGAAUGUUCUAUCAGUUCGUUUCCUCUCGGUUGCGGGGACAACAAAUAUGAAGUGGGGUUUGGUUUCGCAGUAUUGGAGUAAGCUCCAUAACUUGACAGGGUUAGAUGUUUCAAGAACUGAUAUUAUUCCAUCUGCACUAUCAAGAUUAUUUUCAUCCUCACAAAGCUUGAAGGUCUUGUGUGCCUUGAAUUGUCCAGCUAUCAAGGAAGAUUCUUUUGUUCCUACCAGUAGUUAUAAAGCUAAAUUACUACUCACCCUUUUUAGUGACAUUUUCAAAGGAGUGUCUUCUCGAUUUGGCGGUAUUACGAUGAAAGAGAGAAAUGUAUUCUCGGAUUGGAGGAAUUCAAAGAACGAGGAUAAGAACUUGGAUGAGAUUAUGAUUUGGCUUGAAUGGAUCCUUUCCCAUUCACUACUACGUAUUGCUGAGAGCAAUCCACAAGGUUUGGAUAGUUUCUGGCUUAGUCAAGGUGCAGCAUUGUUGCUCAGUUUAAUGCAGAGCUCACAAGAGGAUGUUCAAGAAAAGGCAGCCACUGGACUUGCAACUUUUGUUGUCAUUGAUGAUGAAAAUGCUAGCAUUGAUGUUGGACGGGCUGAAGCAGUAAUGAGGGAUGGUGGCAUACGUCUUCUUCUAAAUCUUGCAAGAUCUUGGCGGGAGGGGCUUCAGUCAGAAGCAGCAAAGGCUAUAGCAAACUUGUCUGUGAAUGCCAAUGUUGCAAAAGCUGUUGCGGAAGAAGGUGGCAUCAGUAUUCUUGCAAAUUUGGCGAAGUCUAUGAACAGGUUGGUUGCUGAAGAGGCAGCCGGGGGACUAUGGAAUCUCUCUGUUGGAGAAGAGCACAAGGGUGCCAUUGCUGAUGCUGGUGGUGUUAAAGCUUUAGUUGAUCUUAUUUUCAAAUGGUCUGUCGGUGGUGACGGAGUUCUGGAACGUGCGGCUGGCGCACUAGCAAAUUUGGCGGCUGACGACAAAUGUAGCUUGGAGGUUGCGUUGGUAGGUGGCGUACAUGCUUUGGUGAUGCUCGCGCGGAAGUGCAAGUGUGAGGGAGUGCAAGAGCAGGCUGCUCGUGCCUUAGCUAAUUUGGCUGCCCAUGGAGAUAGCAACAAUAAUAAUGCUGCUGUUGGACAAGAGGCAGGUGCUCUUGAAGCACUUGUGCAACUUACCAGUUCUUCCCAUGAAGGUGUCAGGCAAGAAGCUGCUGGUGCAUUAUGGAAUUUAUCAUUUGAUGAUAGAAAUCGAGAAGCAAUUGCAGCAGCUGGUGGUGUUGAAGCCUUGGUUGCUCUUGCGCAUUCCUCUACAAAUGCUUCCCCAGGUCUUCAGGAGAGAGCGGCUGGCGCUCUGUGGGGAUUAUCAGUCUCAGAAACCAAUAGCAUUGCGAUUGGACAAGGAGGAGGAGUUGCACCUCUUAUAGCUCUUGCACGCUCUGAUGCUGAAGACGUCCAUGAGACUGCUGCUGGAGCUCUUUGGAAUCUUGCUUUCAACCCUGGUAACGCUCUACGUAUAGUGGAGGAAGGGGGAGUUCCAGCCCUUGUUCAUCUUUGUUCUUCGUCAGUAUCUAAAAUGGCACGCUUCAUGGCUGCAUUGGCAUUGGCCUACAUGUUUGAUGGAAGAAUGGAUGAAUUUGCACUGAUAGGGACUUCAUCAGAAAGCACAUCUAAAAGUGUAAGCCUAGAUGGUGCUAGGAGGAUGGCUUUGAAGCACAUUGAAGCAUUUGUCCUUACAUUUUCUGAACCGCAAGCAUUUUCUGCUGCCGCUGCAUCAUCAUCCUCUGCAGCACUAACACAAGUAACUGAAUUAGCUCGUAUCCAAGAGGCCGGUCAUCUUAGAUGCAGUGGAGCGGAGAUUGGAAGAUUUGUUGCCAUGCUACGAAAUCCAUCUUCUACACUGAAGGUGUGUGCUGCAUUUGCACUUCUCCAGUUCACCAUUCCGGGUGGUCGGCAUGCACUGCACCAUGUGACCCUUCUACAGAAUGCUGGAGCACCACGGCUUCUGCGUGCUGCAGCAGCAGCAGCAACUGCCCCUCUUGAAGCCAAAAUCUUUGCAAGAGUUGUCCUCCGGAACCUCGAACACCACCAGAUAGAACCUUCAAUUUAGAGACUAGUCACGCAGACCGAAAAUAAUAUCAACGUAGUCAAUGGAUGCCAAUCACAACAUGCUCAAUUAGCUUCCAUGGCUUGGCAAUUUAAAGGGCCAUAUGAAGAUAUUGCUCUGUAAUCUUAAUCUGAAUAAAGAACCAACAAGCUCUGUCAAUCUAGUUAAAGGUGUUUCGUGUAGGUUUGUAUGUGAUCUUUCUUUUUCUUGUACCGUUUUUGUAAGAGUACUUCCGGUGAAGUAUUGGUCCAAAGACCAACACCUCGCCAUUUUUUGUGUUUUUGUAUGUCAACUAUAUAGUCUGUAUAAAUAAUAAUAAUAAUAAUAGUAUAUUAGAAGCUGUUCUGAGACUA